AUUUGGCUAUGUUUUGCCUUUAGUCUACUUUGGAUACUCCCAGCGAUAAGACAUCUUUUGGCCUGUUAAAAUGUCUGAAGAUUUGCUACCUGUUUACUUUGCUGUGGGUCCUACAGUCAACGAGAUCACUUGUCCUUAUUGUAAGGUUAAGGCCAAAACCAUAUUGAAACGUUCCUGGUUAAAAUGCUGUACGAAACGUCAUCAUUGCGGCUCGUGUGGCGAAUAUUUAGGCAUCUAUAGACGUCCACAAUUGUGAGCAGAUAAAUGCUGUACGAAUCUGCCUAGAUAUAUGUACAUAUAUAUACCUAUAAUUCUUUUUUGUAUACAUUUCUAAAUUAAAGAGAACAAAUUCGA